AUGAAGAUUUUAAACACUACCGGAAACUGUACAACAGAAAGGACAACUAAAAACUGUACAACAGACAAAACAACUGAAAACUGUACAACAGAUAGAACAACUAAAAACCCUACAACAGAUAGAACUACUGAACACUGUACAACAGACAGGACAACUAAAAACUGUACAACAGACAAAACAACUGAAAACUGUACAACAGAUAGAACAACUAAAAACCCUACAACAGAUAGAACUACUGAACACUGUACAACAGAUAGAACAACUAAAAACUGUACAACAGAUAGAACAACUAAAAACUGUACAACAGACAAAACAAAUGAAAACUGUACAACAGACAGAACAACUAAAAACUGUACAACAGAUAGAACAACUAAAAACACUGCAAAGCCAUGA